AUGAGGAUCGCAACCCUCCAGUUUGCGCCUCGACUGGGCGACGUCGAGGGCAAUAUUAAACGAGCAGACAUGUUACUAAGGUUGACGCCGCCAGAAGAUGGCGAUGGACUUCACUUUGUUGACGGAAAACCUGGAAUCGAGGAGCUGCAUCCUGAUAUCCUUGUUCUGCCAGAAAUGGCCUUUUCAGGCUACAAUUUUCCUUCGUUAGAAGCUAUAACGCCUUAUCUGGAGUAUCAGGGCAAGGGCCCAUCUGCACUGUGGGCUCAAAGAACUGCACGACGUCUCAAAUGUAAAGUCUGCGUGGGGUAUCCCGAAAUUUAUCGAAACCCGGAGGUCUCUAGCGUCAAUGGAACUAAUGAAAAUGGGUUGGUCACAAGUCCGGCCAAAUUGUAUAAUUCCCUGGUAGUCGUGGAUGAAGCAGGACAGGUUAUACACAACUAUCGAAAACGGUUCUUGUAUUACACGGAUGACUCGUGGGCAAGUGAAGGUGAAGCAGAGUGGAGUUUUAAAUCCUUGGAGUUUCAUACAGGGAUGUCGGAUGUUGACACGACGGCGGCAGCAAUUCAGCCACAAACAACGAGAAAAUCGAUACAAAUCCCGACCACAUUCGGAAUCUGUAUGGACAUCAACCCGUACAAAUUCGAAGCACCAUGGGACGCCUACGAAUUCGCACAUCGAGUCCUAGACUCCCAGUCCCAUCUCGUCAUUCUCUCUGCCGCCUGGCUUACAACCGAUGCAGAUAGUCUUGCUCUCAAAACGGGAGAGUUACCUGACAUGGAUACAUUCAAUUACUGGCUCCGUAGAUUCUGGCCAUUAAUCGAACAGAAAAUCAACUACGGCGAUAGACAGCUCGAAGGCUUUGAUUCUUCGACAGAGACAAAAGUCAUUAUCGUCUUUGCUAAUAGAACUGGAAUGGAGGAUGGAGGCCCAGGGUGUGUUAUUCCGCAUGCGGUGUAUGCUGGGACGAGUACUAUUGUUGCGAUCACGCAGAAGAAAGACUCGUCGGCGCUGGAUGUCAAGAUUCAUUGCUGGGGCAUUAAAGGGGCGAGAGAGGAAGGGAUUUGUUUCGCGGAUACUGAGUCGGAGCCGGAGAUGGCAUUUGUCAUGAAAAAGAUUGGUGAUUCAACUGAUUGA